AUGGCUGCUUUAAAAUUAAAUAUUACAAGAAGUAAAGUAGAAUGUCCAAUUUUCGGUAACCCAGUCGACUUAAACUGUCAUGUUUUACCAACGAUAGAAUAUGUGCUUCGAUGUUAUUUGUUUAUUCGUUAUGAACUGAAGUUUACUAAAUAUUUUGGAAAGGAACCAAGUUUUAAUGAAGUUUGUGAAGUGCUUGUGCCAAAAAUCAAAAGUAUAUGGGAAUCAGCGUCAAUUCCAACCGUGUCAAAGGACCGCAUCAUGCAAUUAUUACGUAAAUAUCAUAAUAAAUAUUUAAACCUUAUCAGAUAUCCAAAAAGCAAAAGAAAUGUUCAAUAUGAGUUAAAGAUUACCAGCUUCAAAGAGGAAACAAGGGAUAAGUUGUUCGACAUUGCUGCCUGUAAGUGUGAUUUUUCUGCAUGCAAGUAUUGCAAGUGUGAUAAAUCAAGAAAAGUACCAAAGCAGGAACAGGAAUUUCUUUUGGAUCAACGGUCCACUAGAGAUAUGGCUAUAGGAACUGUUGAUCGUGAAACAACUAAAAAGUUGAAUGUAAGGACGGAGAGACAAACAAAAGAAACAGAACGAGUACAAAAAUUCAAAUCUGAAUUUCACAAUAUUUCUAUGCCCAGCUGUUCUACUGAGGUCACUAGGUUAUCAACAGACUCUGACAAUUCUUCUUCAUCUGAAGCCUCACCUAGUGUUGCAAAUAUUGAUUUACCGUCGAAACCAUCCUGUAGUCAAAUGAGGAUAGAGUUGCCCACAUUAGGUACCAUAUGUGACAAAUAUGGAAUUUCUGACAGGUCAGCAGCUGCUGUUGCCACAGCUGUAUUAAAAGAUGUGGGAAUUAUUUGCGAUAGUGAUACCUCAAAAGUAAUCGAUAAAAAUAAAGUUAGAAGAGCUCGUCAAAAGAACAGAAAUAUCCUUAGUAAUGAGUUUCAGUCUACAAAUAAACCCAUUAAGAGUAUUUACUUUGAUGGCAGGAAGGACAAAACCUUAGUGCAGGAAAAGAAAGGUGAGAGAUAUCAUAAAAGAACUAUUGCAGAAGAACAUGUGUCAUUGAUAGAAGAACCGAAUUCUGUUUAUUUGGGGCACGUUACCCCAUCUGCAGGCUCAGCCAAGUCAAUUGGAAAGGCAAUAAUAGACUUUCUCAUUUCAAAUAACUUCUGUUUGGAUAAUUUAGUGGCGAUUGGUUGUGACGGAACCAUAGUGAAUACUGGACAUAAAAAUGGAGUUAUAACAUAUAUCGAAAAUGAACUUAAGCGACCUUUGCAAUGGUUUGUGUGUGCCUUACAUGCUAAUGAGUUGCCAUUGAGACAUUUAUUUCAACGUUUGGAUGGAGCUACUACUGGACCUCGUCAAUUCUCUGGAGUGAUCGGGAAAUUAUUGGAAAAAUGCGAACACCUUCCAAUCGUAGAUUUUGAAAUAAUUGAAAGUGAUCUCCCAGAACUAACAAUACCAUCUAAAGAAUUAAGCUCAGACCAGUCAUAUCUGUACGACAUAUGCCAAGCAAUAUCAAAUGGCAACGUCUAUGAAAAUUUAGCAAAUCGUAGCCCUGGAAAGUUAGCUCAUUCCAGAUGGCUGACAAUGGCAAAUAGAGUUCUUCGCCUCUACGUUGGAACCGAACAUCCUACAUCAAGAUUGAAAGAUCUUGUUCAAUUUAUAAUUAAAGUCUAUGCACCAAUGUGGUUUUUUAUAAAGCUUAAUCCAAGUUGCACACAAGCCAGUUUGCAUGUUUUCAAAUCCAUUACACUAUCAAGAUAUUUAAGAGAUGAUCUUAAAAAUAUUAUAGAUGCAGUUAUCCAACGAAACUCCUAUUAUAUUCAUCCGGAGAAUCUUCUCUUAUGUAUGUUAACAGAUAAUCGUCAAUGGGUACGAGAAUUAGCUUUACGGAGAAUUAUUAAAGCCAGAAAAGAGAAAAAAGUCGGAAUAAGGCAGUUUAAAAUACCAGAAAUAAACUUUAAUGCUGCGGAGUAUUUUGAGUUAAUAAACUGGAGUGAAUGUGAAGUAACGGCCCCACCAAUGUUAGCUGACAUACCAGAUGAUGAGCUGAAACAGUUAAUUGAUAGCUCUAUAAUUGCAGACUUUGACUUUCCAAAAUAUCCAUGCCACACGCAAGCUGUGGAGAGAUGUGUGAAAUUGGUUUCGGAAUCAUCUUUGCUAGUUACAGGGCCAGAACGCAGAGACGGAUUUAUUCGAUCUAAAAUAAAAUCAAAAGACUUUCUUGUAACUUACGAUAACAAAGCACAAUUUAAAAUUGAAUGA